GCUGCCUCUUUCGGGGUUUUUCUGAAUCAAUCACGUUUACAGACGUUUUACGCUCACCACCAUGUCUCCGUCGCCUGAAGACCAAGCAAUGCAUCAACUGCAGUCGCAGCAAUCCAAAUUACUGGACAAAAUUGACGAGCUCCGCACUAUCGGAGUCGGCGGUCUCGUCGAACUCCCGCAAUUGAUUGUCUGUGGCAACCAGUCCAGUGGGAAGAGUUCGGUGCUCGAGGCAAUCUCGCGAGUCCGUUUCCCGGCCAAGAGUAACGUCUGCACGCGAUUUGCGACCGAGGUUAUUCUGCGUCGCAGCGCACAGCCAAAGAUUCGGGUCUCGAUCGAACCGGGCGAAUCCAGAACCAACGAAACAGAACGCCAGAAACUGCGGAACUUCGCCCCCCAGGUAUUCUCUAGCUACGAGGACCUCCCGAAUCUAAUUGAAGAAGCGAAGCAAUGUAUGGGCAUCGCCGAGGAAGACACCGUCAACUCCGGGUUCAGCGAUGACGUGUUGAAGGUCUCCAUCUCGGGCCCCGAUAAACCGGAAUUGAGUCUUGUUGACCUGCCUGGGCUGUACAUUUCAACGAGUCGUGAUCAGGGGCCCAAGGGGAUCCAGAUCGUCCGAGGGUUGACGGAGAAAUAUAUGAAGAACACGCGCACCAUCAUUCUGGCGGUGAUCAGUGCCAGAACGGAUUAUCACCUGCAGGAAGUCCUGAACCUGGCAGAGCGAUUUGACAGCAAACGCGAGCGGACGCUGGGUAUUAUCACGCAACCGGACAGGCUCGAAGCCGACUCGGAGGAGGAAAGCAAUUACCUGCACUUUCUGCGAAAUGAGAAAGUAGACCUGCGACUCGGAUGGCAUGCGUUGCGGAACCGGUCCUUUGAAACACGCAACGUGUCCGACGAGACACGCGAUGAGAGGGAAAGGGCUUUCUUCGAGCAGGGCCGGUGGGCGUCACUUUCGCGCGACUGUGUGGGAGUCGAGACUCUUCGACGCCGGCUCAGCAGCAUUUUAUUGCAACAUGUCUGUCGCAAUCUUCCCAGUCUGAUUGCUGAUAUCCAAGAGAAGAUUGCCGACCGACAGAAGCGAAUGGCGAAGCUGGGACCGGCACGGUCGACUCUGCAGCAGCAACGUGGCUUUCUCCUAGGGAUAAGCAGCAGCUUUGAACGCAUCACUAGUCAAGCUCUGAAUGGAAUGUAUGCGGAUGAAUUCUUUGGGGAAUUUGGCGAUGAUACGCACGAUUCCCAGGACUUCCGCCGGCUCCGAGCAGUGAUCCGUGAGCUGAAUGAAUGCUUUGCCGACGCCAUGAACGUUCGUGGCUCUCGUCGGAUUGUCAAAGAGUGGCCGAACCAGAGCUAUGACUUAGCGCAGGAGAAGAAAAAAAUGUACAUGGCAGACUGGUCACCAGAAUACAUCACCCGUGAAGCACUGGAGAAGGAAAUAGGCGAACAGGCGCGUAAGAACCGUGGUAUCGAGCUUCCAGGCAGUGCAAACCAGUUACUGGUAGGCAGCCUAUUCCGGGACCAAUCCAAACCGUGGGAGGACAUCGCUCGACUACACUUGUUGAACGCCUGGGAAUCAGUGAAGUACUUUGCUUGCCUUCUCAUCCGGCACCUCACGGAUGAACCGACAUACACACUGCUGGUGGGCACGGUUCUUGCACCCCAGCUGGAGGGAAUGAAGGAUGGUUUGCUAAGCAAGUUGGGGGAACUCACAGCCUAUAUUAAGCGCGGGCAUCCCUUGCCUGUGGGAAGAAGCUUUUUAUCCAAAAUUCAAUCCGCCCGAACGACCCGUCAGAUUGCGACGUUGAGGGAGGGUCUGAGCCUUUCUCAUUCAUUAUUUGGACCCAAGGACGGCUCUGAGUCAUUCGAUGUUCAUGACCUAGUGAGGGCUGUAUCCGAGCUUCAAUCGUCCAGCGAUCAAUUCGCAGCAGCCGAGAUCAUCGACCAGAUGCAGGCAUACUACGAUACGAGUAUUGUCACAUUCGUAGACAACAUUGCAACCCUUGCCAUCGAGAAUUGCCUUCUCGGUCCAGUGGAACACAUAUUCACCAGCCAAACCGUCAAUAACAUGGACGACCAGCAGAUUCGCGAGCUUGCUGAAGAGUCGUCACAUGUUCAGCAGGACCGACAACGACUGGGUCAAGAGCUGAAGAGAUUACAGGCAGGGCUAGACAUUUUAAACAUCUUCAGCACCGAGAGCUCCGCAUUACAGCGACCGCCUAUAUUUGGGAAGCCAGCUGUAGGGUCGCCGUCUCUUUUCCAAAACCUAGAUUCAAUUGCCCUAUGCCAGAAGCGCGAGCCACAAUCCAAGUCACACUCGGUUCCUACAACAAGCAGGCCUUCUCCGCCCGUGGUGUCAGGCGACAAUAACAAUAGGAACACUACACCUGCUUCAACGCGUAGUCUAGGCUCAUUGUUUGGACCACCCUCCUCCCUUGGUAAUAGUUUUAUGCACAGCGGAAGCUCUAGCUCUGGCAAUCACUCCCCUGCUAAAAAUUCCAACAAGGAAAAGUCUCCGUUUGCUUCCCUAGGGUUUCACACAGGGAAUACUCCCAAACCUUCGGAAGGAUUAUUCGGCUCAUCACCCUUCUCUAAAGUAGAUGCGGUUAAACCCCCAGCAGAAACGGGGCAGGGAUUAUUUGGGAACCCCGGCUUCGGCCAACAGUUCGGUAGUUCCAGCAUGUCAGGGCCCAAGGAUACAACUACUAAAUAUGAUCCCAGAAAGCCCCCAGCCACGGAGGGACAUCACCGGUAGGACGAAUAAGCCAUCUAGGUACAUAUACAGAACAUGUAUCUAAUUGUUGUCAUCCGUGGCAAGGAUCAUCUUCGAAGAGCUCGACAGCAAUGUAAACAAGACGAAUAUGUAUCAGCACAUUUGUUGCCUUUGGUGCUUUGAUAAGUAUUCUCCCGAGGUUAGUCAGUAUAUUACAUUGCAUCCACCCCCAGCUCGCCGCAUUCUGUUCGCUGUAUGGCUAAUAGUUUGCCAUCAGGAACUACGACUUGGGGACUAUGCGCGAGGCUUGAAGUUCGCCCCGGACAAGGUUGCUUGAUGAGAGGCUUGUUUGGCUAAAUAUCCAGAGGCGUUCAGUCUAGAUUUUGAGGCAAUAUUCUUCAGCUGGCGUAAGUUGAACGAAGCUUUAUGUGCAAGUGUCCAACAGCCUCGUAUUGUCGUAAUCAGUGGAAUAGUGCCCGAUCACAGGAUAGUCAUUUCAUUGGACCCCUUUUCAAGGAUCAAGCAUGAUUUGAGCCAAUUACAAUUAACAAAAUAACCAGCCAUUCAUCAUUGGAUGUCUCGCAGUAAUAUCCCAAUGGUGCACUGGCUUGAC